UUUACGGAAUCGUAAUUUCCCUAUUUUUCGAUCUUCAACCAUGCUUUAAUUAAUUAAUGUUGAUUAAAUAAUUAAGCUAAUCGGAUGUUUGUUGUAGACCCUCAUCAUAUGAUGAACAAGUGGAAGGUUCUGGAUCAAGGAAUUUGCAACUGCUAUUUGAUAGCAGUUUACCCCACACCCUUUUUACGGGCAAUAAAAUCAUGUCCCGGGACGAAAGCCCUGUGAAACUUGUGAUGUACGAUUCAAACUCCAACGAAAUAAUAACGUGUGGUCCCCUAUCUUCACUCAAAGUUAGCAUUGUUGUUCUUGAUGGUGAUUUUGGAGCUGCUAAUGAUUGGACGAAGGAGGAGUUCGAUAGCAAAAUUGUUAAGAACAGAGAAGGCAAAAGACCAUUAGUUACCGGACAAGUGAAACUCACUUUGCAAGGUGGAGUCGGUUAUUUAAGUGAUUUAAUCUUCACCGAUAAUUCGAGCUGGAUUAGAAGUGGUCGAUUUCGCUUGGGAGCCAAAGUGCAUACUAAUUCCGAUCAAGUCGACAUUAGAGAAGCAAUGAGCACUCCCUUCAAAGUCAAAGAUCAUCGCGGGGAGUCUUACAAGAAGCAUUACCCACCAUCCCUUGACGACCAAGUAUGGCGAUUGGAGAAGAUUGCUAGAGAUGGUCCGUCCCAUAAAAAGCUGACUCUUUCUGGAAUAUUCUCCGUAGGCGAUUUCUUGAGGCUCUACGCUACAGACAAGUACCAACUACGCAAGGUAAGAGACUUGUUUUCUCGAUUCAUUUUGAUAUAA